AUGUAUGCCUAUUCUGCCGUUUUUCUGAUAUACUUUUUUAUGUAUAAUUGUAUUUGUACAGUUACCUUUGAAAGGAACUUUAACACUGCAGAUUUUGAUCAGAAGCCGGAAUCCACGGUAGAUCACACAUUUAAAAUGUUACAGAUUUUCGACAAGAUUGAUUUAAACUCAGACGGAGUUUUAUCAAAGGACGAGUUAGAUAAAUACAGUUCAAAGUUAAGUAAAGUUAUAUCGAACAGGCAGUUGGCAAACGAAAUGGCAACAAUAGACCGAGAUAGAGACGGCAACGUGACCUUCAACGAGCUUUUAGCAGCGUUUUCUAACGAAGUGGGAGAGGAAGACGCUUCGCAAAAUAAAGAGCCUCUGAAACUGAGGUUUAACCUGGCAGAUAAAAAUAAGGACGGAAUGCUAAGCCUGGAGGAGCUGGGAGACCUAGUGAAUCCUUCCAGGAACGCAGAGCUUCUGGACCUGGAGUUGAACGAUGUGAUUAAGGCACACGACGAAGAUGGAGACGGAAAGAUAUCUUUCACUGAGUACAAAAAGUACAGAACAGAAAACGGAGAGGACGAAACUCAGUCCUUGAGCGACUUUAAGCAGUUUGACAAGAACAGCGACGGUUUUUUAACGAAGGAUGAGCUGGCAGAGGCAUACAAGGAGGAAGGGGAGUUCGACAGCUUCCCAAUGUACGACGACGUGACAAACGUAAUCGGAUCAUCACACGUGACCAAGGAUUCGUGGAAGUCCCACGCCAACGAGCUCGCCAAGACUGCGGUGACCGACUUCGGCGAGAUGCUACUUCGCCCCGAGGACUACGAUGUCAAAUUCGACCCGGAGCCGGAAACGAAGCCUCGCCAAGAGGUGCACGCCGAACUAUAA